AGUGAUGUGGAUGCAGAGACUCAAAACACACUCAGGUGGAGCAAAGAAAGAGGGCGGGAGGGAGAGCGAGCAGCAAUGAGAACGACAACACAGAACCGAAAGCAGAGAAAAGCUAUAAGAGAGGGAGGCUGCUGCAUCAUCCUGCAUCCUAGACACUCAGUAUGAACAUGUCCAGCAGUUCCGCCAUGAUCCAGCAGAUCUACCCUUUUCAUGAUGGUUGGAAUGUUGCUUGCUUCAUCAUCAUACUCCUCUUCAUCCUCACCAUCCUCUCCCUUGCCACGCUGGCGUUACUCUACGAACUUCUGGACUGCGGAUGCUUCGCCAAGACCAAAACGGUCCGCGACGUGCGCCGCCGACAUGAAGAGGUGGUUUAGCUGUUACCAUGGUGACGGUGGACAUGGUUACCGUAAUAUUAAAUUGAUGAAAAAAGCUGGAGAUUUGGACAAGGAUCUUUGUCCGAUCAACACAUGUACAGAGAUAGAGGCAAUCCACUCCCACUAACAGCAAUACACAGACCACAUAGAAAAAGGAGGAAGAUGGGUGUGUCUGUGCAUGUCAAUGUGUCCAAUACAUAUGUUCUGCAUUAAGUAUUUCAGUAGUAUUGUGUGAUGACUACAUCAAACAGAAUUUUGAAGAUGUGUUUAUUUGAAUACUUCCCUUUGUGUGGGAUGAAAAAUAGUUUACAUGUCAGUAUUGAAAAUGUAUAAUUCAAGCAAAUGUAUUAACAUAUAACGGUUGGAGUAAAAUGAUUUUUAUAUGCAUGUUUACAUUCGCUUUUAGCAAUGCGAACGAAAACUGUUAUACAUGUAAGGAAUAAUUGACGACGGGCCGUUGAAUUAUUUGAAAAUAUUGCACACCCAAAGUGGUAAUGGAUGACACAUUUCUCAGCCAAUAAGAAUAAAGCAUUCAACAGCCCUAUGGUAUAAAUAUAAUUACUGUUAUAAACUUACAAUGAAGCACACUAAAGGCCAAUUGAUCUUUGUAAAUGCCUUAAAAUGUGUAUUUCAAGUUCUAUAAUAAAAAUUGUACAUGCACAA